AUGGCACCCCGCCCACGAUCAUCGCGCAGAGCUGCUUCGGAGAGGCUGCGAAAGCCGAGCAGCUGCGCACCGAGCCAAGAGGGGCGAUGUCGUCCAUCCAGGCUGCUAGCAGCAUCACAGCUGUCCCACCCUGAGUCCGAGAAGGCUCACGUGGCGCCUCCUCCUCAAAGCCGGCUGGCUGCGCGCGAAGCGGCGUUGAAACGGCGCCUGUCAUGCUUUGCGGACGCACAAGGUCGGCGCCGUGCCUUGAACCUGGCCUUGGCCACCUUGCAGCUUUGGAAGCAAAAUGUCGCCAGCAGGCGCCUUCUGGCGGCACAAAGAGAUGCGGCAUUCUACAAAGAGCGUCUUGAACUACAAUGUGUUAGCACCCGACAGCAGGAGACAGCUGCACGGCGUUGUGCCUUUGAGGCUGGCGCUUUGGCUGCCACUUCUCGUAUUUCACUGCAGCUCCACUGCCUGCACGCUUGGAGGGCUUUGGUCCAGAGCAAGUCCCGUGAGGUCACCGCAGAGGAGUAUGGCUCUUUGCUCACGGCGCAUCUUGAACACAACGAGCGCUGCUUGCGAGUUCUUGAGGCUUGGGCCAUCGGCUUGGAGGCCUCGCUUGUUCGGGUGUGUUUCCAUGCUUGGUACAAUCAGAAGCCGCGGCGAUCAGCUACGGCCAGGGCAGCUGCUGCUUUUGGGCGGCAUCAUGACGAGAGAUGUCUUGUCCGUGUUCUGCAACGUUGGGCCCAACUGCCGAUGAAGCAAUGCCGCAGCGCGCUGAAGGAGGCCGGAGCAAAAGGCCGCCGCCAGGUUGUGGCCGUGGUGAGAAUCUGGAGGUUGGAGGUCGACAUUGCGAGGCGCAGCCGCGUGCUUCAUGCUGCAGAACGCCGGGCCAUGGCUCGCUGGGGCCACGCGAUGGCUGCUAUGCUUUCGAGCCGAGGCCGCAUGCUUGUGCAACUCUGCCUGCUGGCCUGGCGACUGUCUCACCGCAUUUCCCGCCUUCACAGGAAGGCAAUCCAGCUGGCUGCACCGGCUCCGCUUCGGCCAGUGCUCCUGGGUUGA